UGCAGGUGCUUAUCCCGAUAACAUCGCGGUGAGACACAAUCAACCGAUAAGCACCUAAUCGGCUGCCUUGUUCAGCUGCCACCAGUCAGCCUGUCACACCUUGAUGACUGCUUCGCCUUUCGCUUCACUUCCUUUGAUCCAUCCAAUUUACUAAAUAGAACCUCGCCCACGACCUGUUCUGCUCGACUGUUUCGACCCUCAAUUGAUGCCGUCGAAGGACAUCACAACUUCCGGACCUCACCUAUCCCGUCUGCCUGGCCAGGCUGGUCGAUGUCAGUUAGCAGCAUAGUAGCCGCGUCCCUUAUAUCAUAACAUCUGAAAUUCCAUCCUUCCACUAUAUACACCAAAGAUUGCACACUCUACAACAUCUACUUCCGACAUCACUGCCGACCGACCCCUGAACCACUUGAACCAACGCCAGCGACGACGCAAUGCCCCCCUCGAAGCUCCGGAUCCUCUGCUUCGGCGACUCUCUUACCGAGGGCUACUCCGGCUGGGGCUCCUGCUUCACCCCCUAUAGCACCAAACUCAAAGAGAUGCUGCGUAUGGCGUUUCCCGAUGUCGACGUGGAGAUAGUAACAGACGGCGUGUCCGGUGAUCUGGUAACAGGUGAAGGGUCGUUUCUAACAAGGAUGGAAUCACACUUCGCCCCAAGGAACCCAGCAGACUACAAACCGUUCAACUGGGCCAUCGUGCUCGGCGGAACCAACGAUCUCGGCAGUAACAUCCACCCCAACCAAAUCUUUGAAAGCCUCACACAGAUCUGGGACAUGGCUCUGAGCCGCAAAUGCAAGGUCCUCGCGCUCACCGUUCCCGAGAUCGGAUCUUCAGCUGGCGGAAUGAAGGAGUUAUUGGACUUUAGGAGGAACGAGUUGAACCAGAUGAUCAAGACCUACAAGAAGCCCAACUACUACACCUUCGACCUCCACGCCGCCUUCCCCUUCUACGCCAUGUCCGAAGCCGACCGGGAACGUUACUGGGACGACGGCGUUCACUUCACACCCGCGGGCUACGAUCGGAUGGGAAACAAGAUUGGCGUCACUUUCGUCAAUAUGCUUGUGAGAGAACGAUCGGACAACGACCGGACGCCGACGGGCAGGAAAAGGAGAAUGUUCAAAGAUGACGAGAAGGUGUUUGAGGAAGAAGAGGAUCCGGCUGAGCCAAUAUCGGCUGGGCUUGAUAAAGGAUAUAUCGUUGUUCGUAGGAGGGAUUUGGAUUAACCUUACUGCGCCAGUUAGUCCGUUGCUUGGUUCUUAGUGGCAGGCGGGCAAAGUGGCGUACCAAGAAAACGACAGCGUCGGUUAGCCAGGGGUACAGCGGCAUGGAUGUCUUUGGGUAUUUAUGGGUUUGGGACAAAGAGUAAGCGGCGUUUUGGCGGCAUGCGUUGCGUUACGAUUACGAUUAGCAUAACAGAGACGAUUUGCGGGAGAGGCAUGGUUGGAUAAACGGUCAUGGGUAGAUAUUUAGGACAUUAGCAUGGCAAUACUAAUACGCGUUAUACCUG